AUGUUCCGCUGCUCGCGUCCUCUCUUCAACGUCAUCAAACGAACGACCGGCGUGGCCGGUCUCAACGUCCACCCAAAUCCUCUCCCUGUCCUUGCAGAGACGUACAAGCAGACCCUCGAGAUCCUUGCCGGCAUACCAUCCACCUCUGUCUACAGGCAGAGUGCCGAAGCUCUUACCCUUCACAAAAUCAAAGUUUUGGAAGCUGCCAGGGGAGAUAUAGCUGCCGUAGAGAACGGCCUUGAUGAAGGCCAGAUUGAGGAGUCAUUGAACAUUGCCUCUGACGAGCUCAGGCUCGCCAGUCAGAUGAUCGAAUGGAAAGCGUGGGAACCACUGGAAGAGAAGCCAGAACGCGGCCAAUGGGAGUACUUUGGCCAAACAACUUCGUCAUGA